GUUCUCACGAGUAGGAAAAUGAUCGUGACGUAUAAAUUUGUACAAUUCGCGGUACUGCUCUUUGCUUUUUACGAUCUUACAAUUUGCCAAGCGUGGAAUAGCGGUCUGCGAGAAAAAUACGACGGAUACGGAGAAGAUUGGAUUUUUAUGCCUGAUGGAAACGAUCAGCCACAAGUAGCAGUAUUGAAACACACGGAAACGGAAACGCGCGGCAUUUUUGACGAAUCACAAGUCACUUAUAUUUUGUACACUCGGUCUGGCCCUGAAAAUGGCACUCAAUUAUAUACGAACGAUACUACGAGACUUUCUGGAUCCAAUUUCAAUCCAUCGUGGCAGACGAAAUUUAUAACGCAUGGGUGGAAAUCCAGCGCAAUGAGCGGUGGCCUGCUCAACAUGAAAGAAGAAUAUUUAAAUUUUAACGAUUACAAUGUCAUUAUGGUUGACUGGCAACCUUUAGCCGCGAGUACGUUUUACCUUGGACCGAUGCGAAACACGGAAAGAGUCGGAAAAACGACCGCUGAAUUUAUUGACUUUUUAGUAGCGGAAACGGGUCUAAACACCGAAAAUAUUCAUUUUCUGGGACAUUCGCUUGGAGCACACGUAGCUGGGAAUACGGGAAGUUCGCUGACUUCUGGUCGCUUAGGAAGGAUAACUGGCUUAGAUCCCGCUUUGCCAGGAUUUCAUUUGCUCACAACAGACAAGACCCGACUGGAUUCUACAGACGCGUUGUUCGUCGAUAUUAUUCACUCAUGCGGCGGUGUAUUAGGGUUUUUACAACCUCUAGGUAGCGCAGACUUUUACCCAAACGCGGGAACAGCUGUUCAACCUGGUUGUUGUUGUAUCCCGGAAGUAGUAGAGGCAUGUAGUCAUGGAAGAUCGUACGUGUACUUUACGGAAAGUAUAGCCACCAAGGCGGGAUUUGUGGCAAGGAAAUGCAAUACCUGGGAUCAGUUUAUGGGUGGCAAUUGCAACUAUUCCGAUACUGCAUUUAUGGGAGAACACGUUGACAAAGCGGCUUCUGGAACAUAUUUUCUUAGAACAAGAUCAGAAUCGCCGUACGCUUACCAAGAGGAGAUAACCGAUAACUCGGUUUAAACAAAGCAUUCGAUGUUCAAUCAAAUUU